AUGUUCUGUCUAUUCUAUGGACUGACAAACAGUGUGGAAAUUCUUCAUCUGAUGCGUCACAGGAGGCUCUGCUCCCUACAUAUAUUCGUCCAAGAAGUAGGGCGCAUGCAGCAGUGGUGGAGCCGUUGUCAUGCUGGAGGAGAUUUCCACGGGCGAGUGCACAAAGCUAUGGCGAAGCAAUUGGCCAAGCUUCUCGAGCCGGAGCGUCUGCUGUUCAUUGAGGAGCCGCUACUCUCUGAGAGCGUCGAAGGCAUGCAGGAAUUGGAGAGCGGUUGUACUCUCGAUGGGAUGUCAAGCCGUUUCUGGGAGGAUCGCAGCGUCGAUAUCCUUCAGCCCGAUAUAUGCCACUGCGGCGGCAUCUCUGAAACUUUUCGGAUUGCAAAGAUGGCCGAAGCGUAUGACAUUGCUCUUGCUCCCCAUUGCCCUCUUGGCCCCAUUGCGCUGGCAGCGAAUGCCGCUCGGGAAGGUUCAGACUUGACGAGCUACACAAUGAACGCGGAAGUGUGGAAUGUGCAGGAUGGUAUGAUCGAGCUCAUGACUGGGCCAGGCUUGGGGAUUGAGAUGGACGAGGAGGCUGAGCGCGCAGCUGCGGUCGAUGCGAAGGCUUGGAGAAGUCCGCAUUUCGUUGGUCCUGGCGGUGAGAUUCGCGAGUGUGCCCAUAUCUCAUUGGCGCCAAUGAUUGACCUCGUGCAGCAGGUACUUCUCCAUGGUGCCCAGGCCGAUGUCAUAUCCCUGCAACGUAUGUGCGUAAGUAUGUUACGAGUACUUCAUCUCAAACUGGUAUCCAAGCCUACUACUUGUAGUAAGCCCACCCCUGUAGAUAGGCCCACUGCUAGAUAUUGUCCUUCCGUAACCAAGCUUGCGGGGAAGUAUCUCGGCCGACUUUCGCCGAAGCUUUACUUCUAG